CUUACGAGUUACAAAUAGAGUCUAGUUAGGUCUCUCAAAAAAAGCUACCCCGGAGUAUGCAUUUAUGGUGCUCUAAACCAGCCGAUCAUCACGAUGAUCGGAUUAUCAGUAUUAUAUGGUGAUGAAAAUCUCUAGAAACAAACAUCCUCCCUCCUAUAUGGUAGUGUAAGCAAAGGGAAUCUCCAAUCUAUAACUUUUGUAUAAAUUGAUCGAAGUUAGCGUUUUGGGUUUUCUAAAUGGCUACUGAUGAAGAUUCAGAAUUACCCCUCCUUGUAAAUUAUCAGAAUGAAAGGAUAUGUCUAAAUCAUCGUGCAAGAGACGUUCAUAUCCUGAGUUGUGCCUUCUUGCUGAUUUUCUUGGCUUAUGGGGCUGCCCAGAAUCUGGAAAGCACUAUUAAUACCGAAGAAGAUCUGGGGACAACCUCUCUCGGGGUAUUGUACUUAUCAUUCACCGUUUUCUCCUUGGUUGCUUCUGUUGUGGUAAAAAAGCUUGGUUCAAAAAGCGCUCUGAUCCUUGGUACUACUGGCUAUUGGUUGUUCGUAGCUGCAAAUUUGAAGCCCACAUGGUAUACAAUGAUACCUGCUUCAUUGUACCUGGGAUUUGCUGCUGCAAUAAUAUGGGUUGCACAGGGGACAUAUCUUACAUCCAUAGCACAGGGUCAUGCAAAUGACCUAAGCCUUAAUGUCGGGACUGUAAUUGGUAAAUUUAAUGGAGAGUUUUGGGGUGUUUUUGCAAGUAACCAGGUAGUAGGAAAUCUUAUCACUCUUGCUCUGUUAAGAACUGCAAUGGGGGGAGGAGACACGAGGGGCACAACUAUACUUUUCAUUGUAUUUCUUUGUAGUAUGUCUCUAGGUACCGUUCUUAUGUGCUUUCUAAGUAGAGGAAGCGCUACAGAGGAGGCAUCACUUGAAGAUUCUUCUGUCGGGUUUUUCAAAUCAAUUGCCUCUUCAUCUAAGUCUAUCGCCAACUUAUUGCUUGACAUUAGAAUGGUUUUGGUCAUCCCCCUCAUCACAUAUUCAGGCUUACAACAAGCUUUUGUAUGGGCUGAAUUCACCAAGUAUAUUGUACAACCAAAAAUGGGAGAGAGUGGUGUAGGUGGGGCAAUGGCCAUUUAUGGUCUCUUUGAUGCAAUUUGCUCAGUAGCUGCUGGUCACCUCACCUUUGGGCUUAAAUCAAUCACGAUAAUAGUAUGUGGUGGAGGUAUAAUACAAGGCUUUGUAUUGCUUUGGGUUCUGCUUAAGCACAGUGUUGAUUUUGGAAUAGUUGGUGUCCUUAUAAUAGCUGCUUUAUGGGGCAUCGGAGAUGGAGUGCUUAAUACCCAAUUAAGUGCUUUUCUUGGGAUUCUGUACAAUCAUGAUUUGGAAGGAGCAUUUUCUCAUCUUAAGCUUUGGCAAAGCUUCGCAGUGGCAGUUGUGUUCUUCUUGAGCCCUCUCAUCUCUUUGCAGUUGAUGCUAGUUAUCAUGCUGGCUUCACUCUGCAUUUCUGUAUCUGCAUUUCUUCUUCUCACACUGAAGGUACGAGGAUGAAAUAUCAGUGAAAGAACUUGUGUCGCUGGCCUUAGAUCUGAAGCGCUCAGACCCGUAGCUACUUUCGGAGCUAGUCGAUGCUUGGGAAGGAUACCUCUUCCUUUGACAAGAGGCAACCUAUAUAUUGUUUAAACCUUUUCUUUUUAGUGUCAUUGUUGGAAGCUAAAUUUCAUGGUUUAAAAUGGAACCCCGAAUGUUUACCUGAACGACGACUCUAUGUCAUCAUUGUAUGUGAAAGAGGUGCGCUGGGACUUGUCAAAUGCUCCAAGCUUAUCUCCGUUCAAGGUAACUGCAACAAUGCUCAAAUUCAAGUUUUGGGUAUCAAUGUUUAUGCCAAGGCCUGGUUCUGGACCGGAACCGGUUCAAACCUGGUUUGGUUUUGGUUUCUCCAAAGUAGGACCAAACUGGUUCCGACACUGUUUUUAAACAGGGCAAACAACUGGCCUGGAACUGGACCUUGUACCCGGUUCCUGUUCCACCUUAGCCCUAUCCAUGACCCAGAACCCGGCCAAAUUCAUCUUAAGCAUCAAACAAAGUAGUAAUGUCAUUUACCAUUGAAAGUAGGAGUGUGUCUAUGACGUGCCAUAGGUGAAAAGCCAUUAGCUUUAGUUUUGUUGGUGCUAGCAGCUUUGAUUUUGUUGAUGUUGUUGGUGUCGGCGGCGGCAGUUUGUUGAAGUUGCUCAUGUUUCUGAUGGAUUUGGCUGUAGAGAGGAGAAAUGAAGGGGGCUGGUCGAGAAGCAUUUCGAACGGAUGAGAUUUUGGAUUUAGAAAUGACAUAAACCGUACAGAAAUCUGGUGAUCCUUUUGAUACACUUGUUGGAACAUCCAUAACCUUUAGCCUCCUAAUGUAUGAAGAAGAAAUGAAGGUGAGGCAUACAGGAGGUCUUGUGUACAACAUGGAUGAGGAUGAGGGUUUGGCCUCUCGAGAUCAAAUUUUCGGUGGUCCACCUGAGUGCAGAUUGGCUGCUUUUGUCUUUGUCAAUGGCGAUCGCCACCAGCCCAUUCGUGGCAGUUGGAGAGGCGGCGGCAGCGGCCCCUCUUCCUCUUGGAUUCGGGAGCCACAUCUAAAUAUUGGAUCUUAUGAUGAUCACUUCCUCAUUUUCCUUGUUUUGUAUUUCUUUGCAUGUGGAUAGUGACCAUCCUUGGUUUCUUGGAUGCAUGAAUGAAAUCUUAGCAUUCUUCACAAUCUAUGGUCAAACGUGGGAAGCAUCGAAAUUUGCUCUGUUGUGAAUGACUCAUCAGUGUC